AAUUGCCCGAAUUCGAACUCGCGAUAUUUGUGUUUACGGCUGACUUUCUUCGAUGAGAAACAAAUUUUUUACCAUUUUUUCACUCAUUUGGAGGAUUUGGUUUCCAUCCAAGAUGGUCCAAACAGUGUUUGCUGAUUAACUAUUACAUACAUGGAGAGAGAGCAGACCACAUAGAUUGAUCCUUCUUUUGAGGUGUCUGAAAGGAGGAACAAAAAUCCAAUAGACGACUACGACACCGAAAAUGAGCACGCCGCCGGGUCUCAAGAAGCCUAAGAUGGAGAGAGAAGAAGAAUCCAACGGCGAAGCUGACAAUGAGAACGGCGAAGAGAAGCUCAUGUGGGAGGAGAGAGAAGAAGCACUUGUGGCUCUGAUCGAGCAUCGUACCAAAGAAGUCGAACAUCUCCGCCAACGUUUGUCCUACUACAAAUCUCAGCUUGAUCAAGCAGAGAGAAGGUUAGAGGAGACCCAUGUUAAACUGGCCCGCCAUCGAGGCCGAGACAAAGUGAUGUCAUCCAAAGGUUCUGUGGGAAAUGGUAUGAAAGAGGUGAAUGCUGAACAAAGAUCAACUAGUCCUACCCAGAUCAGCGAAGGUCAUUCUCAAAGACCGCCUCAAUCUAGACCACAAUUAGUCCAAGAAAAUGUGAAGCCAUCCAAAAACUCCCUGAAAGAGGGCGUGAAAGAGGUAAAACUUGAGCGGAGGUCAAGUAGUCCUAUCCAGAUCAGUGAAGAUUCUUCUAAAAGCCAUCCUCCAUCUAAACCACGACUUGUAAUACCUGCUGUGAAUCCAAAAGUUUCCCCACCUACGAAGAUGGCAGAAUUUGGCUCUAAAAUUAACACCGGAUCUAGUUCUCGAACUUGUGCAUCAGUUCCCACUCACACUGAUAGUAUUGUGAAACAAAAAGGGGACAAAUUUCAGCGAAUCUCUUCUGAGCAGGAAGCUGUUGAAACUCAAGCUAAAGGGACAAAAAGAAAGGCUGAGCAGAAAGAACACAAAGACAUAAUUCCUUUGAUACAUAGCAGCUCUUCACCCCGCCCAAUCCGUUGCCAGACAGGCUGUCUCAUAUCCAGUCAACACAAGAGAAAGUUGAGAAGUCUUGUCCUGUGUCCGACAAACGACCAACUAUUUGUGACCAGUUCUUUGGAUGGAGUCGUCAACUUGUGGCAAGUUCAGGCCAGAGGAUCAAAUGCCAGUCUUCUUAGUACCACUGAUUGUGUAUCUCUCAAGCACAGGCGAUGGCCAGAAGACAUAGCCUGGCAUCCACAGGGAAAUUACCUAUAUUCUGUUUACAGUGCUGAUGGUGGGGAUUCCCAGAUAUCAAUCCUGAAUCUGAAUAAAACAAAAGAGGGAACCCGUGUAAGUUACAUAGAGGAGAAGCCUCAUGUUAAGGGCAUUAUCAACAACAUAAUGUUCAUGCCAUGGGACGAUAUCUGUUUUGUUACCGGUGGCAGUGAUCAUGCUGUAGUACUCUGGACUGAGAGAGAUGGGGAGAACUCGUGGAAACCAAAAGCGCUGCACAGGAAUAUGCAUUCCUCGGCUGUAAUGGGAGUGGCUGGGAUGCUGCAAAAACAAAUUGUGAUGUCUGUUGGUGCGGACAAGAGGAUUAUUGGGUAUGAUUUACUUGCUGGAAGAGCAGAUUACAAGCAUCAAAUAGAAAGCAAAUGUAUGAGUAUUCUACCUAAUCCACGUGACUUCAAUCUCUUCAUGGUUCAGACUGGGACUCUAGAGAGACAGCUUCGAUUAUUUGAUAUCAGGGUUAGGCAGACAGAAGUCCAUGCAUUUGGUUGGAAGCAAGAAAGUAGUGAUUCACAGUCAGCUUUGAUAAACCAGGCUUGGUCUCCUGAUGGUUUAUACAUAACAUCUGGUUCAGUAGACCCUGUGAUCCACAUCUUCGAUAUCAGGUAUAAUGCUCACAAACCUUCCCAGUCAAUAAAAGCGCAUCAGAAACGUGUCUUUAAAGCUGUGUGGCACUAUGCUCUCCCGCUCAUGAUCUCCAUAUCCUCUGACUUGAACAUUGGAUUGCACAAGAUCAUUUAAAAUUCUGAUUGAAGCUGUACCCAUGUCCUGCUUUUUCGGUCCACAUUUUUCCAAUGUUUGGGAAAUUUUGUAUCCUUCCUUGAUGAGGAGCAACUGCCUGUUAGGCAGCCUUUGGCUUGAACAUUGUAUUAUGCAGAGGGAAUCAAAGAUAAGUUGCUAAGUUGAUUGCUUUUAGCCAUGGGCCUUGUUGUAUAUGCCAGUUGGGGCAUAGUUGUUGAUAUUAGUUAGUGCAUUCGUGUGUUGUACGUGA